UUCCUGAGGAAGGGCUGCCGGGGCAGCACGUGGGGUUAUAAAGCCCACAGUCUGGCGAGCGGCCGGAAAGCGGAGGAGAAUGGCGGAGAUGUGUGACCCCAAGGAGCCGGGUGACCCCAGUGAAGAGGAGGAGAUGUUUGGGGGCCAGAGACUGGCGAAGAAAUACACUGGAUUGCUCAGGAGCUCACGGAGCCUGCCAGGGUGUCUGACCCGGGCCCAUCUGCCUCUGCUGCUGCUUCUCAUCUCUUUGGGCUUCUUCAUGCUCCUCGUGACCACUCUGAUCCAAGUCUCCAGGAUCCACCAGUCCCUGCAGAGGGAGACGGGGAACCAUCAGGAGACAAGCCGUCAGGGGAGCCCCGGCCUAGGGGAUGCUUCUCGGGAGCAGAAACCAUCAGACCUGGAGGAGAUCCUCCAGCAGUUGACGUGGAUGAAUGUCACCCUGGCGGGCCUGUGCCGCCACUGCCCCUGGAACUGGGAGUUUUUCCAGGGAAGCUGCUACUUCUUCUCCCAGACCCAGAAUAUCUGGAAAGAGUCCAUCACCGCGUGUCAGAGCAUGAGGGCCCAGCUGGUGAUCAUCAACAGUACUGAGGAGCAGAAAUUUCUGAAGGCUUGGAAUUCGAAAAAUAACCAGCGCGUAUGGAUCGGCCUCAGUGACCACCACAAUGAGGGAUCCUGGAGGUGGCUGGACAACACCCCCCUCCAGCUCAGCUUCUGGAAAGAAGGAGAGCCCAACAACCAUGGAGAUGAGGACUGUGUGGAAUUGUACAGCGACGGCUGGAAUGAUAACAGAUGUAGCACGGAAAACUUCUGGAUCUGCAAGAAGCCCUCGUCGCCCUGCCCUGGCCCCUGAGGGCCUGAGCUCCCCCCACCCCACCCCGUCUCGAGAGACGAGGCAACGUGGGUACACAUGCUGUCACUUUUCCUCUGGCUUCAUUCUUUCCGCCUCUCCCGCCGGAGGACUCCCAGCCUUCUUCUGCAUGGAGGUCUUUAAGAUCCUGAGAGGGAUUCUGAGGCCCCUUCCCUUCUAAGGUCUGUCCCUUUAGAGGCUCUGGACAUCUCCCUUCUUCUGUUGAUGGUCUCAGCCCCCCAACCCUCACUGACAUCCCCUCAAUAAAGUCACAUGGUGCAUUAUGUGUUCCAUUGAA